AUGACAGAAUACGACUACUCUCCAGAAGCUUGGGAGCGUUACUUCGAAACCCAGCACAGAAUCGCCCGUUGGGUCGACGGAACGCUGACUCAAAGGCCCUGCAAUGCAUUUACGCCAGCGACGCCACACGUAAAAUUCCUCGAACUACAACAAGAAGAGAAACGACGAAGAGCUGAAACCAAGAGAGAACGACCGACUAGAGAGCGACGCCAUUCAUACGACGUUCGCCGGGACCACAAAUACCGUUCAGAUACGGAGGAGGAAGAUUACUAUCCACGGUCGUCUUCUCGAACCAGCAGGCACAGCAAGAGCCAGGUUAGCACCAGCCAGGUGUCUGGAUCCAGCUCGCGUCGCCACGAGCGCUCUUCAUCUCGUCAGGAGUACUAUUCCUCCUCUCGAGACCGCGAAAAGGACAGGAGUGAACGCAGAAGCUCCUCCCAAACCACUAGACGUCCAGAAAAGGAGCAGAUAGCUCUCCAAGGCCAGGGGUACGUGCUCGUCGAAAAGAGCCGUACGACUCAAAACACGCCCACCUCCACACGGGCGUCUACACCGACCUCUUCCACCCGCCCACGAUCCAACUCGUCGUCGCCCGCAAAGCCUUCCAAGCCUUCCCGCUCCCACACCGCCCCCAACCUCAGCUUGGACCUCCCGCCUGUGGGUGUCGCCCAUGACCCGUACCACUAUCGCUACCCGCGCCUCUCGGCAGGCGCCAACUCGUCGGGGCCAAGCUCCGGUUCCACAACCAACGGCGGCUUCCCUCCGCACCAAAUCCAGGCGCGGCUCCCACCGCCCAACUCUGCUCCACCAGUCAUCCCUCACGCUCCCCAGCCUAUCCGCUCGCAGACCGUUCCCGGUUACGGUUUCACCAAGGCUCCAGUUCCCUCACGCAGCCCGGACCCGGCGAACGUUCCGCAGCUCCCGUACUCUGCGUACGCUUCGUCACCGACCAAAGCCAAUGGCUCCACGUCGCUGUUGAAGCGGAUGUUUACGGGGUUGGCGAUUAGCAAGCAGUCGAGCUCGCCCAAGCCCAGGCCAGCUGUUAAGGAAACCUCGGGUGGUAAGAGGGUGUUGAGGAAGCGAAGCUUGAGCUUCUAA